AUGUCUAUUUGGUACCUACUAGCAAGGUAUGGUAAAGGUCCAUUUACAUGGGAUAAAAAAAUUAAAGUUGCAGGGUUACCUGGACUAUAUGCUACAAAUGUCAUUAUAAAGGAAUUUGAUUUACCAGUCACACCAGAAGAAUAUCUUAAAGAAGCAACAGAGAUUCAAUCAACAAAGUGGCCCAAAACUGCUUUUUUACCUGGAGCAUUAGAAUUAUUAGAAUACUUAGACUCGAAAAAUAUACCAAUGGCAUUAGGAACUAGCUCAAAUUUAUUAAAUUACGAAAAAAAAACCGGACAUUUAAAAGAAGGAUUUAAAUAUUUUGGGGAUCAUAUAGUCACUGGUGAUGAUAAAAGAAUAGCAGAAGGAAGAGGAAAACCGCAUCCAGAUAUAUGGCAUGCUUGUCUAGACAGUAUAAAUUCUGAGAGAAAAUCUAACGAAUUAGGUGAAAUUAAGAUUGAAGAAUGUCUUAUAUUUGAGGAUAGUCAUAUUGGAGUUAAGUCUGGUGUUGCAUCAAAUGCUCAUGUUAUUUGGAUACCACAUCCUGAAGCUUUUGACUUGUUUGAUGAAGCAAAAGAUGGUGAAUACGAACUCAUUACAAAUCUAGACAUGCUAGAUAAAGUCAAGUAUUAUUUAUGA